UUUUUGUUUUGUUUAGUCUUGUGAAAUUUUAUUGAAGUUUUAAAGCUUUGUUUUGAUGACACCAACAAGUGAACAACAAAUUUUGCUAUAUGAUGUUCAAAAAGAUAGUCGUUGGAUAAUUUAUUGGUUACCUGUAUCUUCAACUUUUGGUGUUACUAAUUUUAAUGGAUUGGUCUAUGAAAUUAAUCUUGAUGUUCAAGAGAGAAGGAAAUUAAUGGGAAAUAUAGCUGAAAGUUUGUUGAAGAAUAAAUGGAGGUAAGGGGAUUUUCUGAUUUUUUAAAAUUUCUGAUUUUUGAUCCUGGUUUUCUGGUUUUGUAAAUUCUGAUUUAUGAUUCUGUUCUGAAACUGAUUUUUUAGUUCUGAUUUCUGGUUUAUAUUUUUGAUUUUUUUCUGAUUUUAAAAUUCUGGUUUGAAAUUCUGAUUU